AUGGCUACAACUCGCUCGCUCGGCUUGCACGAGCCUUCGGCCGUCUCAUACCUCGUCACGGAAGGACUCCUACCGCCGGACCCCUCCGAAGAUCAAUACAAAUGGACAACAUGUGUGGACGAAAAUGCUACGACUGGCCCGGUCGAUGACGAGCUGGUUUGGACAAAGCAUUGCGCGGUCUGGUCUCGUGCGGGCGUGGUAAAACGAGUAUUCCGACUCGACCCCGAGAAGGAGGAUAUUCGACAUGCGCUGUUCACUCAGUUUGCUGCCGGACAUGUCAAGCGCUCUGUACAUGACGGGACGGGCGCCAAGGCUUCAAAUCGAUAUCGCACGGCCACCACAGCGACGACUGCGCGGGCAGGAGGACAAGGCAAGCGAAAUGGAGGCAGCUCGAAUCUGGCAAGCUCGGUAUCAACAUUGGAUUUGCAUGGAGAUGGCCGAGUCGCAGUAGUUGCUCCGCAGCAGCCCAAUGAGAAGCUGUCUCGAGCUCUGGUUGUGGUCCUCAAGUCCCAGGCACAUAUCUUCUUUGUCGCAGGGAACAGCCAUACAAUCCCCCUACCAUUUGAAGUAGAAUCAGUGUUUGCAACUCCCCGUGGUCUACUUUUCCAGCGAAAGAUACCCGACGAGCCUCCUAAAUCCCAGAAUUUAACCGCGCCUCCCAAUUCCUUCAUGACCGCUUCUUCGUUAUUCGACCCAGGGGCCUCGCAAUCUUCUGGGACACCACGGCCACCUCCCAGCAAAGGAAAAAGCAUCUUCUUGAAGUUUUCGUCGCUCCAGAACUCCACAUGGGGUCCGGAUUCCAACGCAAACUCAGAUCUUCCACGAGUCUUUUCGCUCAUCGACCCUCAUUCUGAAAUGGGCCUGGUAGUCACCUCGCCUGCGUCGCAGGGCUUCCAGAGCAGUAUCAGCAGCGCCACGCGGCGUCGACCAUCCGGCUUGGAUGUACUAGACCCUGCCGAUGAGAUUGUGUACAUCUCUCCCAAAGACGAGCUGUCAAGUCCGGGGCAACGAGAGACUGGACGUCCGUUGAUAUUAGUUCUUACUACGAAUACAAACACCGGACUUUACACUGUUUGGACCGCAAGAUACAGAGAUGACGAAAUUCAAGGCUCGAUUCAGGAAAAGACUCGCCGGCACACUGAAGGCACUCGUUCCAAAAGACGAAGCUCACACUUUGGAAUGACCACUGGUGCAACCACGCCAGCUGCUCGUCCACCUGCGGGCCGCGAGAGCUUCGGACCGUGGCCCGAAAACUGGGCUUCAUCACAGCAGCAUGAGAACAAAAACGACGUUGAGGACGACUUGGUCUCAAGAGUUGCACAGGAUUUUGGAGACGUGGGUGUGCCUCUCAAGACAUCUAGACGGGUCAGCUCCUUGCUUGCGCGAACGGAUCUGGCAACCAGUCAAGAUCGCAUUACCUUCUCGGACCUCGCUACAGGGAGUCAGUCAAACACUGCGCCUCAUCACGGGGGACUCAGACAGUCUAUCGGAGCAGCUAGUGCCCGCGGUAGCUUUGGUUUCAAUCCUCGUACCUCUCUUCCUCCAGCCACAGGGUCUGUCUACAGCGCUGCAGGAAGUUUUGUGGAUGCCCCGGUGGACAGGCUGCUGGAAGAGCUCAACAAUGGUGGUUUAAGCGAAGGAUUUGAGAACAUUGCCCUUCGUGAAUCCGCCUCGGGCUUGCCGGAAGAACUUCUAUUGUCAAAGGUAGAGAGUUUCUCUCCUAUGUUUUCUGGCAGUUUCCGCGGAUCCAUUCAACCCGUGUCGUCCCGCCGUCUCAGAGUCUGUACGCUAUCUUCGUCAGAUUACACCAGCACGCAGAAUGGCAAUGUCAGAUCUGUAGCGAUCUGCAUUGUGGAUCAAAACUCGCAGAAUAUGACCAUUGUGAAUUUGAGAGCAGAGAGAGUUGCCACGUCCAAAAGUCGAAAAAUGGCUCAAAGGGCCAAAACAGCAGAAAGGCGUCCACUACUGGUUCAUGCAACUGGUGUUCAGCACAUCCCCAACAUCUGGGAUGCAUGCAGUGUCACUGAUGGUGAAAUUUCGCGGAUUCUCACAUUGACUGUUUUGGAGGACGGCCAGCGGGAGCUGUCUCUGCAGACUCUCUGGGGUAGUCCAACCAAGAUCGAUAUUCCUCGCCCACUGCAGCUGUAUGAACCUCACGGGGUCUCUGCUAACAAGCUUGUUAAUCGACCGAGAGAAAGCGGUGUCAAUCGAGUCAUGGCAGAUCCCGAUCUCGUUUUCAAUGGAUUUGACCAUAGUUGCUCGCGAGGAAAGGUUGACUUGAUCGACACGGAAAAGCAGCGUCAUAGACUUCAAAUCCGGAUGGAACCACGCAAUGAACUUGUUAAGAAAAUACUGAGGAUCUGCAAUGGCUUCAAGGGGGAGGAGGAAGUCGAGAAUGAUAUUGAGUGGACUGCUAUGGUUAUCGUUCUAUUCGCCCUAGCUGUCCCCUUCAUCAAACAAUCUCAACCUCAGACUCCAGCCAGACGGACGCGCCGAAAGAAGGGACUCCUACGGUCGAGCAGUGGCAGCUAUAUUGACUUGGAAAGCUGGGAAGCCAUGCUUGACCUGGAGUCAGGAGCAUCUGGGGUUGUCGCACCAUGGAUGAACAGCAGUGCAUGGGGCUGGAUUGUUGAACAAGAUGCCAUCGCAGACCUAGCGGCUCGUGAAGCAAGCCGUGCGCCAAAGAACGAGCAGCCAAAUGCAAGCCGAUCAACUUAUCGCCACAACUCUUACGUACUUCGAUGUAUGUCUCUGAGUCGCGAGUUCUUACAAAGUCCCUUGGGUGCAAGAGCCACUGGUCGUGAUGGUUAUUUGCCCAUUUCUGGGGCGUUUGCCGAGAACACAAGGUGCACAGCACUAGGUACCAUUCUCGUCGGCCUUCAUCUCCUACGAGAGGAGCAGAAGCUUUCCGCAUCCGACACCGAAGAGUCUCAACAGCCGUUGGGCCUGCUUGCUCCAAUCCUUGCACAACUGGGUGGUUGGUUGGGCUGGCAGUCCUGGAAAUGGAGUGAAGAUUCCUACUUUGGCACAGAGAUGGCCAGUAUGGAACGCUGGCAGUUUGAGGAUACCCGUAUCACUCAGCUCAAUGUUCCUGCUGAACCAUUUCCGCCUCCAUCAAUUUUUGCUUUCCUCAUCGAAGCUACAUGCCAAACACCGCCGCCAUUCCUCACUCUCCUUGAUAUUGUCAACGCCUCGGAUCGGACCCCUAGAAAAGGUCGACUGUGGAAAGAGUGUUUCAAUGUCACACCCAGAUCGCUGGCCUUGACUGGCUUCCUUUCUGAUGUUCAUCGUGCUUCGACACCCUUGGAAAAGAUUCAACUCCUUUACCGCUGGGGAUUGACUAAGAGUAUCAUCGACACUUUCCCGGAAGGCGUGAGCGCCCCGUUGUAUGAGGCUGUGAUGCAAUGCCAAAAUGAGGCGUCUACAUCUUGGAAUGCCACGCUUUUGGAGCUCAUUGACCGAGAAGAUCUGUACAUGUCGAUGAACCCCGUGCAGGCCAAAUCAUUUGCCCCGCCUCAACAACCUGUAGUCUCUCAUGACGCCCUUCGUGAUUUCCACCAUAUCAGCAGUUCCGCAUUGGAAAUCGAUGCUACCAACGCCUUUGAGGCUUCCGCAGAGGCUGACCGCUUCUCUGUGACUAAACUCGUCUUCCGCGAGGACAAGCGCUACCUAGAGGCAACCCGACUUUUAAAUCAGUCUAAAGCGCCCGUGGCAGAUUGUAUUCCUCAACCCGAGUGGACAGACUCCGAACUCCUCGAAGCCCAGAAAGAACUCGUGCAGCUCGUCUCCUUCCGCACAUUGUCCACACCUGCAGGCCGUGGCAUGCUCUUGUUCAGCGGUCGCCUACCGUUGCUGACUGAGAAGCUUCCCAUCCCAUCCUUUUCCUUACAGUGCGUGAUGAAACCCUCGAAUGUCACCGUGAGUGCCGAACGGAGCGCAUUCACCGAAGAAAAGGUCUGCUGGGCCUUUUUCCAUAACGGCGUCUCUACUGGAUUGGCUAUUUCCAAAGCAUCCAAGGGAAUUGAUACUUCCUGGAUCCUGUUCAACAAGCCUCAAGAGCUCACCAAUCGACAUGCCGGGUUCUUGCUCGCUCUUGGUUUGAAUGGCCACCUCAAGAAUCUGGCCAAAUGGGUAGCUUUCAAGUAUUUGACUCCCAAACAUACCAUGACCUCCAUCGGUCUCCUGCUCGGUCUUUCUGCCUCAUACUUGGGCACCAUGGACACUUUGAUCACUCGGCUUCUUUCGGUUCAUGUCUCCAGGAUGCUACCGAUGGGUGCUGCGGAGCUUAAUUUGUCCUCUCUCACGCAAACUGCGGGUAUAAUGGGAAUCGGCUUGCUGUACUGCGGCUCUCAGCACCGGCGUAUGAGUGAGGUGAUGCUGUCGGAGAUCGAGAGCGCUGAAGAGGAUGAGCAGUCCGGAUCUCAGGAAGACUUGCGAGAUGAAGGAUACCGCCUGGCUGCAGGAUUUGCGCUAGGAAUUAUCAAUCUCGCCAAGGGCAAGGAUUUACGAGGCAUGCGGGACAUGCACAUUGUUGAACGCUUGCUAUCAAUCGCUGUGGGCACCAAGCAUGUCGAUCUCGCCCAUGUGCUGGAUCGCGCCACUGCUGGUGCAACAAUCGCGCUGGCGAUCAUUUUCAUGAAGACCAAUGAUCAAGUCCUGGCUCAGAAGAUUGAUAUUCCCGAUACUACCGUUCGUUUUGAUUAUGUUCGCCCGGAUCUCUUCCUUUUACGAACUCUGGCCCGCCAUCUCAUCAUGUGGGAUAGCAUCAAGCCGGAGAGCAAGUGGAUCCAUGCCAGUCUGCCAAAGGUGUAUCAACGACGGGCCCGUCUUGGAGGUGUGUCCCAACUACGGAGUGAGGACAUGCCUUUCUUCAAUAUCAUUGCCGGUCUCUGCUUUGCUCUGGGUCUUCGCUAUGCCGGCUCGGGCAACUCUCGAGCUCGUGAUCUCCUGCUCUUCUACUUGGACCAGUUCAUUCGCAUCUCUCGUCUACCGGUACUCAACUAUGAUGCCAAGCUUGCACGUAAUUCAGUCAGGAACUGUCAGGAUAUUGUGUCCUUGUCUGCAGCAGCCGUCAUGGCUGGCACCGGUGAUCUGGCAUUAUUCCGGCGGCUGCGGGCUCUCCAUGGGAGAGUCGACGCCGAUACACCCUACGGCAGCCACAUGGCCGCGCAUAUGGCCAUCGGUAUGCUCUUCCUCGGCGGCGGUAGCUAUACACUGGGAACCUCCGACUUGGGCGUGGCAGCCCUCCUUUGCGCCUUUUAUCCCAUCUUCCCCACCACCGUCCUCGACAACAAAUGCCACCUCCAAGCCUUCCGUCACCUCUGGGUGCUCGCCGCAGAGCCACGCUGCCUUGUACCUCGAGAUCUCGAUACCCGCCGCCCCAUCUCUAUCCCCAUCGCCAUCACCUCGGACGACGGAUCCACACGAACCGUCACGGCUCCCUGCCUUCUCCCUGAUCCAAGUGAAAUAUCGCGUAUUGAAGUCCGCGGUCCAGACCAUUGGCCGCUUGUCCUGGACUUCAGCCAAGACGAUACCCUCCGCAAUAAAUUCCGCCACGGCGACCCAUCCGUCUACCUGCGCCGCAAGGCUACCUAUAGUCCAUCAGGUGGCUCAACCUCCAUCUUCGCCUCGACACUCACCGGUCUCAGCGAAGCACAGGAUAUUCUCGCGACAUCUGCCGCCGGCGCCGUCAAUCCUGCCAAGGGCCUCCCGCCCUCGACAUGGCCCAACCACACUGCCCUACUCUCCGGCUCGCUUGCCGCCGCCGCAACACCCUCCCAGUCUCCCUGGGACUGGAUCUUCGCACUCCCAUCUCUCCAAGGACUGGACAUCCGCGAGCGCUCCCUCGUGUUGCCGUCAUCCUUCCCAGCGCCGUCCACCUGUAUCAACACACAGCUCAUCACCACGCCUCCCUGGCUCCGCACAUCGGCCGUCGACACUCGGCUCGCGCUGUCCCACACCGUCCGCAAUAUUGUCCAAGCUGCGCGCGGCCGUGGCGCGGACCCUGAUGAAGUACGCGACCGGGUCUGGCAACUUCGUCUCCUGUUCGAUUGGCUGGAUCGUGUGCAGGCUGGUGAUGAACGGGAGACACUGGCUGCGGGGGUCCAACCGCAAGCCCAGAAUCAGACGUCUGGGUUGUGGUUGAGGAGGGAUUUCGUCGAAGAGGCGAAGUGGCAGAUUUGGGGUGUGCAAAAUGAAGAUACCGGGGGGGGAGGAAGUGACCGGUGCUGCAUGAGUACUGUAGACUUGAUGUGUUGUGAUGACGAGUGGUGGUUAUUUUUCAGCUGCUGA